ACAACGGCUUGUAUUUCCUGACACCGGGGCAAACCAGAUUCUUACUCCUUCCCUUUCAUCUUUCAUCUUUCAUCCUGUGGAUCUUUAUAUCUUCGUGCUACAUAAUUCUUACUACUGGGGGAAACACUUUAUUCCAAUUCAUACCAGAAAUUCAUGAGAUGUCAUGGUUUGACCAAUCGGCUGAGGCUUCGGUGGCUUAGUGCCGGAUACGACGGGAAUUUUCCCUUAUAGUAUUGUGUCGUCGUGAAUUUGUUAGAAGAGUGGCUAUUUACACUGAAGUCUUUAUUUGAUAUCUUGGGCUCAGCAAUAGGCUGAAGUUCAAGUGACAUCGGGAGGAUUCUAUAUAUCUUCAGAAUCCUGCUGAAUGUUGUUGGUGGGUGGUUACCAAAACUGGACUCCCUCGGCAUUGAAAACUUAUCCCCGUGAAUGUUGCUCAGCGCAGACUGUGCAAUCCACUUGGAGGAGGAAAGUCUAGAAUUUCGCAAAACCGUCAUGAAAGUGACCCUCGUUGGCAGGUUGGUCCAGCGUAGAACAUGCCGACAAUGUUUUCUGGCUCCCUCGCCAGCACCAGGUACGCCAUCCAACCCUAGAAACGAUAAAGAUCCUUCGGAGGAAAAAGGUGCGUCUCUCCGUUUCGUAGAAGCAGAAUCUGGAACGGGCUAAACUUGAGCUUCCAGAUGGCAACAGUUCGGCGAUCAGAUUCAGAUUCCCGAGAGGUUUGACCGAAUGCGGAAAAGCGGAAUUUCAAAAAUGCUGUGAUAAAAGUUUAUCGUAUUUUUGGCAAGCGCAAGCGGUUCAGGAACGCGUCUUGCAAGACCAGAUCUAACCUAAACUAGAUCUAGGCUCGAGGCUCCUUGUCGCCUUGUGGGAAUCUCAUCGACAGAUCUGCUUCGCUCUGUAAUUUUCUGCUUGUGACUUGAGAUUGACCGAUUGAGAUUGCAGUCCUUUACUUCACCUUUUCUUCCCCGGACAGCAAGGCACGGUUGCCCGUCACCUUCAAUGUUCAUGCGUUUAACUCAAUCCACGGCAUGUCAACUCUGAGGAUUGUCUCCUGAUGCCCACUUCGAACGCUUCCUUAGAAUCGCUUUCAACUCCUUACUCUGGGAUUUCUCCAUUUCCUCUACACUGGACUUGUCGAUAUCGAAAGUAUAGUUGGUUUGUGUGUAUCUGUGUUGGUCUCAGUUGUUUACUCUCUCCCGCCUCGAAUUUUUCUUCUUCUCUUGCUCUUCUUCUUUUACUAGGAACCCCAUCGACUGAAUUGUGUUCACUUCCCAGCUUUCCCAGUUCGAACUCCAUGAUUUGCCCGCAAUAUAAUCCGGACUGUUCAAAAUGAGAAGCAAGUUUUCCAUCAAACAUUUACAAUCAAACCAUCAUCCCACUCAUGUCUUGCCUUUGAUCUGAUGUUCCUCCUCUUCUUAUCCCAUCAGUGCAUCUCUUAACUAUGCGGCUUGUACAUCUGCCAUGCAUCCUUCAUCAAUUAGCACCGGUCUCCUUAGACAUCCAUCCUUCACAUAUGCCAGACCGAUUCCUAGCUCUUCUUGUAGAGUUAUGAGCUUCCAACAAAUUUAAGACUAAUGUUAUUCCUCAUAUCGUUCCACACUUUGAUCAUGCUAGUCAGAGUGAGAGGUCAUGCUGUGAUUCCCAUGAGGUGUAAUAGAAGAUUAUCUAAGACUGACCUCUUGACGGAGUUUGUUCUGGUUCUAUCUAGCGAGUUCACUAACAUUUAAGAGGCCACAACUAUCCAUUCGUCGCUUCUCCCCCUUAUAAGCCUGUCUAUAUGCUUCACAGGAAGGAAAUAUCUACUCUGGGUCCCCCAACUUUUGACUUCCUGAGUGUUGCCCAAUCCACCAUAGGAACUCUGCUUUCCCUCCGUUGUUGGUUCCCUAUAACAACUCUGCUAAACUUGUGAAGCUCCUCUUGACUGGAAAAUGUGUGCUGCUCUGGCAACACUCACAAACUGGCAGUUAAUGGAACGGCCAAUAUCUUAGGUAAUUUUGAACCUUUUCACUACUGUAGAUAAUCUGUUUAGCAUAGAUUAUCUCGAUGGGAUAACCCAGUCAUUUGACAAUCUUCCUCUUCCUCGUGAUCCUACCACUUGUAUAUGAGACAACCCAAGUGCUUGGCGAACUUUCCUCUUCCUCGUCAUCGAACGAUUAGAUAAUAUCAUUCAUCUCGCAUUUUUUUUAAUCUAAAUGCCCUUUUCAUGACUCACAUGACUCACAUGUCAUCGUAAGAAGCUAAUUCAAACACUCUUUCUUCCAUUCACCCUAGUUCAUUCUAUCUCUACCGACUCAUGCUUCCUAUCGACAUCAAGAGGAUUGUUGAAAUAGCUAAAAAAACAUGAGUGUAUAUGACACCGUCCACUCUAAUAUGAAUUAUUGCUCGUAGCUUGUUGGCUCGAUUAUGUUCCUCUUUGAACAUGUCCUUUGGUCAAUCAAAUAAUUCGGAAGCCUAAUUCUUCAAUGGUAGCCAAUAAAACGUGUGGUAUAUUCUGUCAAACGCUUUUUCAAUGUCGACUCAGAUGAAAAUGACAUCCGUAAAGGUCUCGCUUCACCUUCUUGUGCAACAUUUUGAUUGGUAGAAGAUUCUUCCCUUCCUUUAACCUUCUUCCACAUGUUGAGGAAUACUCAUUUAAAAAGAAUGAUCUAUAGGUCAACACUUCAGAGUUCCCGCUUGAUUGACCAUCUCAGAGGAUUUUGGGGUUAAGUGUACACUGAGAUUGGAAGAGGUCUAGUUGUGCUCUGACAUAUAGUAGCAUAGGAGUGAAAUGUCUUGCCAUGUUGAAGUCGAAUGUUGUCCCGCUUAUGUGAGGAAUGCAUGGUGUCUAAAGGUUCAUAUGCUAGUGGAAUGCGGGGUUUGAUGUAUUUCAUGGUCUACUCGGCCAGAUAUUGUGCAUACAAUAGGAUUGAUGAGUACAUUGCCAAUGAUGGCAAGGUGCAGUGGAAAACAAUCAAGUGAAAACUUUAAAAACUGUACUCUUGUUUGAUCGAUAUGGUGACAAGCUCAAACUUUAGGCUACGUGAAAGAGAUAUUGAUAGUUUCUAUGGGACCGA